AUGGCUUUUGAGGUGAAGGCUGGCAUCCUGAAGAGGCUCCAGGCAGGUGGCAAUGGCGUCCAGCGUGCGGCGUCUGCACCGCCCCCAGUCCCGCCACCAGCGCCGCCCCCAGCGCCACCACCACCUCCUGAGCCGGAGCCGGAGGUGAAGUCCUGCGUGGAAGGGGUGGAACUCUUCGGGGAUGUUUGCUGGUUUGCUGACCUGGAGCUACGGGGACGGCUUCUGGAAGAAGUCAAGCAGGCCCAUGCUGCGGAGAAGAUCUUGGUGGCUUUGCCUUCGGAGGAGAUCCCACGGAUCCUCACCAAGAAAGGCGGCCAAGUGCUGGGUGCCGGGGCAGUGUUGCGCUUGGGAGGUGUGCAUCAUGGUGGCUAUGGGGAGUCGGAUAUCAACUAUGCUUACCGGCAACUUUCGCGAGCUCUGCAUCCAGACAAGAACCCAGGGAUCGAAGAGGCUCACGACGCAUUCAAGCGGCUGGGUGAGGCGGCAGAGGACCCACCAAGCUAUGCAUCGCAACGGUUUGCCCAAGAAGUAGUACCUGACGGUGAUUUAAUCGCUAACGCGAGACCGCCUCGGCGAUUGUGGUCGAGGCGAGAGUGCAUGCUAGCAGGCACAGCAUACGCUGCAGCCAUCUGGGCCCGGACAGGCGCAAGGGCACUGGCCCCCACUGGCGCCCAGAAGGAGUCUGAGGCCAGCCUUUGCGGAACGCAGCAGACCAGCCAGACGCCCCCUCCAUACCCCCCCACCUAA